CCGGGGGGGAAGGAAGAAGAGGGAGACCCGGCGAGCGGAGACGCAGCGGGCGGCAGGCAUGUGGCUGGAGGCGGGCAAGGUCCCUGGAGCCGCGGCGGUCUUUUACGGGGCUCUGGCGGCGCUCGUCCUGCUGGGCGUCCGGGACGUGCUCUUCCAGUACGAGGAGAACCGGUGCAGCAUGACCUACAUGUUCGAGUACCCCGAGUAUUUGAAAGUAAAGCUUCCUAGGAAAGUAUCCAGGCGUUAUCCAGCAUAUGAGCUUUAUCUUUAUGGGGAAGGAAGUUAUGCAGAAGAAAAUAGAAAUCUGCUCUUAACUGGGAUUCCAGUACUCUUCCUCCCUGGCAAUGCUGGGAGUUACAAACAAGUACGUUCCCUUGGGUCAAUAGCACUCAGAAAGGCAGAAGAUGCUGACUUCAAGUAUCAUUUUGAUGUCUUCAGCGUCAACUUCAAUGAGGAACUUGUUGCACUCUAUGGUGGAAGUCUACAAAGGCAAACUAGAUUUGUGCAUGAGUGUAUCAAAGUAAUUCUUAAAUUGUAUAAGGGCCAGGGGUUUGCUCCACGUAGCGUUGCAAUAGUAGGUCAUUCCAUGGGCGGCCUUGUUGCAAGAGCACUGCUGACGCUUAAAAAUUUCAAGGUGGAACUCCUCAAUGUCCUCCUUACUCAGGCCACACCUCACAUUGCACCUGUAAUGCCUUUAGACCGAUAUCUUACUGAUUUUUACAGAGCGGUAAACCAGAAAUGGAUUCAGAAGGCUAAAGAAAUAAAGAAUCUAACCACUCUUUCUGUGGCGGGAGGAUUUCGAGAUUAUCAAGUUCGUUCAGGAUUGGCUUUUCUGCCCCGAACAAGUCAUCAAAGCAGUGCCUUAUGUGUUGUGACUUCAGCCAUUCCCCGUGUCUGGGCUUCAACAGACCAUCUCUCUAUAGUUUGGUGUAAAGAAUUGGUCUUGGCUACCAUCCGAGCAUUUUUUGACCUUAUUGAUGAAAACACUAAGCAGAUAACAGAAGAUCCACAGAAGAGAAUGCUAGUGUUAAACCAUCACUUUCUGAGGCACCCUGCAAAAUUAUAUGAAGAGAGCCCUGAAUCUGUUGCUGAAUUAACAGGAGAAGUAAACUGGAUCCAGAUUAAAACUCCAAAAUGGUCCUAUACAGUGUACAAUGAAUCGGAUGGAAAAUACUUUACUUUCCCUCUCUCAGGCCAUCGAAAACCAUACAGUCAUGUCUACUGUCAAAGCAGUAUGCUGGACACAAAUAGUUGGAUAUAUGGCUGUAUAAACAGUUCCUCAUCUGUGUGUCUGCGAGGUGUUGAUUUGAGUUGGAAAACUGAAUUACUGCCAACAGUUAAGACUGUGACUCUGAAACUUCAAGACUAUCCUUCUUUGUCUCAUCUUGUGCUUCAUAUACCAGCUGUCAAUGGUAAUAAGUUUACUUUGGACUGUGAGUUCUUUAACGAAGCUUCAAGAACAGUACAGCUUCCUGUGACCCACCUUUUUUCUUUCGGGCUUUCUUCAAGCAAAAUCGUAUUAAAUUCAACUGGCCUUAUUCACAAGGUUCAGCUUCAACAUUUUGGUCAGAUAUACCAAGCUUUUAACAUCCUUAUAGAGAGCAGCUGCCAGUCGCUUAAAGAAAGGAAACCUACUGUGUACCAGCUUCAUAUACCAUGGUCCUAUGAAGACUCUUUUACUUUGUCACAGGUUCCAUCUUCGACUGAGAUUUCUGCAAAGCUGCACAUUGCCCAGCCUCAAAAUGACACUGCCGUUCCAUUGUUGAACAUUUAUUCAUCUUCAGAUUGCCAAUAUGAAGUAACCGUCAAGACCUCUUUUCUGCAAGUCCUUGGCCAGGUAAUAAGAUUCCAUGGUGGCACUCUUCCCGUGUACAUAAUUUCUAAUAUUCUUCUUGCUUAUGGAAGACAGUUAAGGUCCCUGAUUUCAACAGGUCAUUGCACAGAUUUUGUACCUGCACUUACUAAAGCAGCCAGGCCCUAUAAAGUAGAACCAAUAGUGAAUAUUGUUAAAUUCUUGUUGGGGCUUAACUGGUUUAAAGGAAUCUGGGAUAUAUUAUCCUUGCCAGAAUUGGAUGCUGUUACACCGAACAACCAGAACUUGUGGUUUCCUUUUGUAUCUCUAAUCCUCUUUAUGUUUGGGACUGGCAUAGCCUAUUGGGGCAGCAUACUCUUCAGUUCAUCCCUAAAGAUCUCAUCCUCAUUGCAUGUAGCUUUGACCAGACCCUCUCGACUUCCAUCAGACCCCAGUUUGAUUACGCGAAGAACGGUGUGUGUAGCUGUUUGCAUGUUUUUCCUUAGCUGGACUACGUGUGGAGCGUUGGCUAUAUUAAUGACAUAUGCUCAUUACGCCUUCAAGGUUAUUAAACUACAUUCAAAUGUCAGAACAGAACUAAGUGUCCUUGAUACGUGCCCAAAGAACUCGGAGCAAAGCUCCGCUUGUUCCAAAAGAGAAACGGAAGAGAGCUGUGCAUCAUCAUCAGAUGGCCUUUCAGAAGCAGCAGCAGCAGCAACAUCAUCAUCAUCACCCAAGGGCAGCACAGCCAUUGAUAGCGUUGUAGACAGUCUUAAGAUGCACAUCACCAUCCUCAACUUGCUCACGUUGAUUGUGCUGCUCAGUUGCCCGUCUUUAAUUUACUGGCUAAAAAAUCUCAGGUACCAAAUCAAGCUUGAUCCUGAUCCAUGUAGAUCAACUGCUUUUAUGCUCACAGCCAUUUUGGGUAUACUCAUGAAUGCAAGCACUGCAAAAGUUAAAACAAGUAAACUGCUGAAGAUUGCUGCACAUCUCCCACUUCCUUUGUCUGUUGCCACUGUGGUGUUUGCACCAAUGCACUUAGACAGAAUGCCAUACUUCGUAAUCAUUCCUCUUUUUCUUCAUGCGUUAUGCUGCAUUGUGUAAAGACUUUAGUUUACCAAAGCACCAGGAAGUGGUGACGGGAGGGCGUUGAACCAAGGAUAAUCUGGGACAACAUGAAAAUAUCAUGAACAUUAUCUUCUGUCUGUGGCAGAAGUGAAAACAAUGCUGGGCACAUGUUGUGAAGGUUGAUCCAGUUAGAAAGUGUAGGGUUUUGUACCUUACUGUUAAAAAAAAAAUCCUUGUAGAAACUUACAGUUCGGUUCUUAAUCUGCCUCUGACAAUGAUGCUUUAUUUUCCUGGUGUUGGGGCAGAGUUUGGGGGUUUUAUAAAAAAAAAACCAAAUGUGCACUUGUGUGUCCCUUAUGCUCUUCAGGAUGAAGCACCUUUACUGUUGGCAACAAAUGACUGAAAGAAAACUGGCUCAAAAUCCAUAACCAAUAAGACAAUCCAAAAGUUCUUACUCCGUUAAAGGCAUCUGACGUUAUGUUUUGUCCUUCCUUGAGUCUGUACUAAGCUAUAAUGCCAAUGCUGCUCGGCUUGGUGACAAAUCAAAAACCAUUUCACAGCUUCCACGUUUGAGAUUACUGAAAGUGGUGGUGGCCCAAGUGCAUCAAUUUAUAUUCAACGUAACAUCGUUUACUAAGUAUUUCAGCAGCUGUGUAUGUUCUUUGUACUGUUACACUGCAGCGUGAAGCUCAGGGCAGAUUCUCGGCUGACUUUCUGUACAUAGAGAUUCAUGCUAGUGUACAUGGAAACAUGUAGAAAGUUACGCAGAUACGUACUUUAGCAAUACUUUGUGUUGGCAAUAACACACCCAUAUGAGCUUCCCAAUAUGUGCAUAUGUUCAAGACCAAGAUAUAUAUCUGUGCAGCUAUUUAAAUGUGAGUGUUUUAGUAAGGCACUUCUGGCUUCGGUAAACAUCAUCACAAUCAUACGGCUUCCAACUUAAUAAAAACACAGCAAAACAUCACACAUUAAAACUUCCCAAUACAGGACUGCCUUCACAUGUCUUCAGAAAGUUGUUUGUAUAGUUUGCACAUUGAUGGGAGGGCUUUCCACAGGGUGGGCGCCACUGCCGAGAAGGCCCUCUGCCGGCUUCCCCAUAACUUCAUUUCUCGCAGUGAGGGAACCUCCAGAAGGCCCUCAGAGCUGGACCUCAGUUGUCUGGGCUGGACAAUGGGGGGCUGGAGACACUCCUUCAGGGCCGAGGCCAUUUAGGGCUUUAAAGGUCAGCAUCAACACCUUGAAUUGUGCUUGGAAACAUACUGGGAGCCAAUGUAGACGCUCAGAUGACUAGAUGACCUUGAAGGGCAAUGAAAUCCCGUCCCAUGUAAGCAAUCUCUCUGCCUCUAAAUCAUAUCAGUCACCUACAAUAUUAGCUUUGAUAAGUUACUCAACACUGUGGCGGUAUCAGGAAUCACCUGAAGGCAGAACUACGCAUUGGCACUCCCAUCUCAACAAGUAGUCAGUGGAUAUGAGAAGCAAGUAUUUAUCUCUAUGUACAAAGAAGUCUUAAAAGAAUCUGCCUUUAGGCAUAACUCUUGAGUGGCAAAUACUGAUCAUAUAUAUAUAUAUAACCAUUUAUAAAGGAGCAGCACAUUUUCUGGUACCUUCUGGUGAAAUGUACAGGGCAUUAAUCCGACAGCAAAUGUCGCUCCUCUUGCAUUGCACCAUAACCUUGGGGAAAAAAUAUGCAGCCGUUUUGCAAAUGUAGCCACUUACCUGCAAGCAUAGCUGGUCAGCCUACCUACAUAGACACUUGUAUAUCUCGUUAUUUUAUUUCUGGUGCAUCCAUUGCCUUGAGACCUGAGUGCUGAUCUUAUACGAUGGCUCGCUUCCUCUCCCUUUUGUAAUCGGGGAAGAGAGCCAUUCCUCCGAACCAAGUUAACAGUGUACACAUGUCUGUCUUGCCUUUAACCAGUUUGUACCAUUCCUGCCUGAAGUGCCUCAGCUAAUUCUGGCUUGUAUAUAUAGAUAUAUUAAUCAUUCAGUUUUCUUGGAUGCAAAACCUCUGGAUUUAAGAAGAAAUUCUUUUAACUGUAGAACUGGUACCACAAGCCUGCUAACAAGUUUAGUGCUUAAAAGCUGUUGUAUGAACCAUGAAGAGCUUUAUAACUAGAACAAGUAUUUUAAAACACUCCAGCUAGUUUUAUGGUCUCAGUAUCCUUACAUAAUUUUUAUCCUAUAAAAAUUAUCUCCUUGCUACUCUUAAGAGAGAAGGCCUUCGGGCAAACAGUACUCUUAAUCUCUUGAGAUCUAAUUUCCAGCUGAUUACAUGGAAUUUAACUUGGUGUGCAAGUGACAAAAAUUGAGUUGUUGGUGUACUCUGUGUGUACACCUGUCCCUUGUUAGCUGGAUUACUUAACAGGUUGUGCUAGGAGUUACUCCUGAUUGCUGAGCAGGGCUUCUUGCUUGCCAGUAGUUGGGGAUGUGAAGAGAAGCUACAAGCCCUGUAGGGGCCUUUUUCAAUGCAGCCUGGCCUUGAGGGAUGCUCUUGUGCCUCUUAAUAGCUGUAUGCUAGGGAGAAUUUUGGCAGAGGUUUUUGCUCUGAUGCGAUAGAAAAGACGCUUGCCAAAUGUUUCGUCGUACCAAGGGCACCACAGUGCUCUUCAAAGCCAUGUGUUGGCAUGGGUACUUGGAAGCCUGCUGCUUCCAGUCACGAUGCUGACAAGAGCUUCUCCUUUAUAACAGGUCCAGGUGUUUCUGAAUUACCUGGCUUUGCUUCACAGCUUUUAUGCUGCAGUUGGGGCAGGGGCAAAGCCACGCCCAGUUCCUAAUUAGGUCACAAUGGCACUGAAUAUAAGUUCAUCUGUGAAAUGGGUGAGUUGACUGCUCUUUGUAUUAACUUCAUAUAUGCUGUGUGGGUUAUACGUAGUUCAGAUACAGAAGUCUUUUUAAUUAUCUUUUCUAUGCGAAUCAGUAUGUUUGUAGUACUAGAUUCUGCAGUGUUGCUUUUGCAAUUUGGGUCUCUGAUGUUGUUUGCCUUUUUUGCACUUUGGACCGUUUUCUCCAACCCAUAAAUACCCCCCCCCUUUUUGGCUUUUUUAUUUGGAAUUGCUGCUCUUGAAUAGCACAAGCCUAUUCAAGGAGUUCAGUGUGGUUUACUCCCAGAUAAGUCUGCAGGUGUGCAUAAGGCUGCUAUCCUACGCAGCACUGGGUAGUGAAGGCCUGGACUAGGUGAGUCCUUACGAGGCCACUUAAAGUGGCCUGCCAGUCCCUAGCUUCCUUCCCACUGCAGCACAUGGCUGAGAGGAGAGCCUUAAAUCUCUGCACCAAGACCAACACUGAUGGGGAACGAGUGUGUCUGCAUCUACAUUUGUGUUUCUGCUCUCUGUACGUGGUGAUACAUGUGUAUGUGCAGAGCAUGUACUUCGGCAACAGCCACCGUGUGGCCCUCAAGAGGGUGGGCCCAACCUUAAAAGUGGCCCUCGGCCAAAAAAAUAUCCGCCUCUGCUUAUACAAACUACCCAGGGAGUAAGUCCCAUGGAACAUCACACACUUCUAAGUAGACAUGCAUAGUGUUGCACUGUGAAAGGAAAUUCUGCGACUGAGUAUUUUGUUUAAAUGAAAACAUCUCUGAACUUUAAGCCACAUCCAAAGUAGCAUGUGUAUGUCUGCCCCCCCCCCUGCUGCCGCCAUCACUGCAAUUGAACGGCCUUUAGGAAAAUGCUCCUCCGAGAACAUUUGAAUUGCUUUUUAUAAGUUUUACAGAUUCAGAAAGCAGUUUGGAGAACGAUAGCUGCAUAAAGACAAAUUGGUGGGGGUGUAUCUUUUCUCUUAUUCCCCCCCUCCCUUUGAACUGUUAGGUAUGGGAGGUAGAAAGGGGUGGGGAUUUUUUUGAUGCCAACCAAGAGGGCCUAUCAUCCACAACUUUGCAUAACUACAGUAGUUCCUUUGGCCCAAAGAGGUACAGUACUUCUUGUCUUAGGUUUCUCAGAAAGCAACCCCUUUUCUCCCACUACUGCAUAGCAAACAAUUUUUGAAGCUUGGGGAGACGCUUUCAAAAAUAAGUUUAUGGUGGUUUGAAGCCCUGCUGUUCAAAGGAAGGAUGCCUGAGUUCUUAAACAUUCCCAGAAUAGUUCUUUGGAUCCUAGCCUAGGAAUCUUUUAUUAUUAUUAUUAUUAUUAUUAUUAUUAUUAUUAUUAUUAUUAUUAUUAACCAAGUUUGAGAAUAUUGCUUUGCCAUUAGAUUAUAUGCCUCAAAAUGAUUUGUUACCUCCACAAAGAGAUGCUAUGUAUAUCUAAGUUCUGAUCACAAAUUCUGCUCUGGUACCUGUGAACCAAUGUCAGAAGUAUAUGGAAACCAUUUUCUGAUGAUGAAAUCACUUUAAGCAAAGUGAUGACUUGCUUGCGCACUUGAACCUCAAUGUCAUUUUAUAAUGCUAGCAUUUCAUAAACUUUUCAGUUCUUAUGAUAUGAUGUGUGCACUCUGUACUAUUGGUACAACAAUGCUUUGUCUGCUCGCUGCUAUAUAUGUUAUGAACAAUUUGAGAACUGUUAGCCACUAAGUAGCCUAAAAAGUUCAUUUUGUAAUUCAUUGAUGUUUAAUAUGAUAGAUUCUUACUUAGUUUAGUAUUAGAUUUUUAUAUCCCUUUUUAGAAAAAAAAUAUAUAGCUAGAUCGCAACAGGAAUUAGCAUUCUCUAUAAUAACACUAUAAAGUUUUCAUUUCCUAGAAACUCAUGUUUCCAUCAAUUGCCAUCAAUUAACAUACCUCUGAAUAUUUUUGCCAAUGAACUAUGCUUGAUAAACACAUCUGUACUUUUGAAGCAAUGUGGCAAAUGGAUUCUUUAUUCAUCCUUACAAGUGUUUGGUAUUCUGAUACCAGUCUGCGUAAUAAGGAUUUAUGAUAGUUCAAAUUAUCUAUAGGAAAACCUUCCUUAUGAAGCAUCUUGUUUAUAUACUUGAUAUAGAGUUUUACAGAUCACUUUUAUGCAUAUCUACUUAGAGGGAUGCUCCAUUAAGUUUAAUAGAACUUAAUCACAAGUGAGCAUCUGUAGGAUUUCAGUCUUGGCCCAAUUUUACCAAAGGUUUAAAUUCAAAAUGGCAGCACUUUCCAUUUCCCAGAUAACGCAAGUCAUGUAGAAGCAAAUUCUACAGUCUUUCAUUAAUGUGUGGGGACUGUAUGAAAGCCCAGGUACCCUGAGUCCCAGUCCAUAGAACUGACAACGUAAGUUUGCACAUUCAGACGCACUUUUUAAAUAGCAGCUCCUCUUACUGUGCAUGGCAUACUACUAAAACCAAGUAGCAUUUUCAUGCAUACUACUAAAAUCAAGUAGCAUUUUCAUGCAGAACUGGGAGGCAUUUGUAAAGAUGGAAAGUCAGAACUACAGCAGCCGUGUGAAGGUGCUGGAGCACACCUUAUAAAGCUCUCUCAAUUGUAGCCAUUAUUCCACCAAAAUGAGUUGACUGUUCAUGUAUUUAAGCAAGACACGAGGCUUAAUUUAAGGAUCGGGGCCCAAUUCUGUGCAGCCUUCUAUGUAAUACAGGCAAGCUUGUUGAUGUGACACUUGGAGAAUUUGCAACCUUGUCUAAAAGAAUUGCUUGUUUUAGAAUCUCACUAAAAAGAUUCCUUCAGUAGCACCUUAAAGACCAACUAAGUUUAUAUUUUGGUAUGAGCUUUCGUGUGCAUGCACACUUCUUCAGAUACACUAGAAACAGAAGCUCAUACCAAAAUAUAAACUUAGUUGGUCUUUAAGGUGCUACUGAAGGAAUUUUUUUAUUUUGCUUCGACUCAGACCAACACGGCUACCUACCUGUCACUAAAAAGACCUGUCACAUUAGGCCUUUGCAACGUGUAAUCCGCCAGCCACGUAUGGCUGCUUUAUUAGGAGCUUGCAAAAUUUACUGGUUAUGAUGCCGGCUUUGUGAUAGCAAAAAACCGGGGUGGGAGGAAGUAGUAGCAGGAGCAACAACUGACAAGCCGUAGUGUAUAAGUCUUUGCUUUGUUGAGUUUGGACCUGUGUUUUGCUCUUAAACUGGCAAUGCUGAUAAACCUAAUGCGUUUUGUAUGAAGAGAUAGCUCCACUUCAGUGUGUGGAUUCAGAAGUGAAAUAAAUAUAUGAGACUACCGUGCAAAACCCUAAAGAGUGAAACCUGAUUUAAAUUCCCACUUUUCCAGUCAAGAGCAUGCCUUAAAUUAACUAAUUGCAUUUGUAACUAUCUGUAGCACUAGACUGAAUUGCUUGAGCUCAGUUUAAAGCUGAAUGUAUUGUGCCACCGUUUGGUAAUAGGAAACAGGGACUUCAUAAAUGCCCUGAUGCAUUAUCAAAGUUGGGUCACCCUUUUUCAGCACUUGGGCAUGGUCACUUCAGUGCACAUACAAACCUACCACGCCCAAAAUGUGUUGUUCCUCCUGUGGGUUUUCUGUAGAUGGAGUCAAUCCAUACAUGUUUUUCAUGGUAUGUGCAAAUAUUUGUCCAUCCGUCCCCAACAUUGAAAACAUUGACGGCUAACAUAAACAGGAGAUCUGUGUUUACAUCUGAAAGGCACAGGUCUCUCGAGGGAAGCAGUUAAACUUCUGAGCCAGUAUUGCACAAAGGAUGUGUUCCAUUAUCACAAUGAGCUAUGGUUUAUAGUGAAAUGAACAAGCCCAGGCAAGUCUUAGGCUCCCAGCGCCCUCCUUCAGUGCAGUCACAAGUGGGUGAUUGGAAGCAUUGUGUACAAAUCCAGCAAACCAGUUAAUCUUAACGAUGCUUUGUUUGCAAAUAAAUCAGCUUCGUAGCACAUGGUUUGAAGUUGGCCCGUUUCAAACAAGCCAUAGCUUAAGCUCCUCAUACUUUGCUGGGUUCAGAUGAGAUUGUAAACUGCAGUUUAUCAAAAAUGAACACGGCGGCUUCUGAAUUCCUCAGCUGCACCAGAAGGGGAAAGAGCACGGAAGCCCAAGGCUAAUUCUUUCUAUACUGUCUUUCAAUCAUAAUUUGCAAAAAAAUAAUAAAACAGUUAAAGUGCCAAUACAAAAAGAAAAGCAUAAAGCAGGACUAAAAUUGCGUCUUAAAAGUUCUGAAAGUAAGAAGGCCUUUGCUUGUUGCCAAAUGGACAAUAAAGUAGGUGAACCUCUGAGGAGAGCACUCCAUAAACAGGGGAGCCUCACUGAGUGCCCACCUCAGAUGGCAUUGGGCAUCUACACAAUAGUUGCCAAAUACUGCUUUAAAAUAUUAUGUUUAACCUUUCAAGUUCUUCAUAAACUUUGUUAACACAGCUGUGUUCUGGGUAAAAUGUGGGAUGUAUUUUUAAAACCCUCUCUCUUAUUGCAAAUAGUUCCUAAAUUUUAAAUGUAUUGAUGUUGAUUUCUUUUUCAUUUCAUCUGUCUGCUUCCAACAUUUCUUUAAAAUACUAAGCUUAUUUAUUCUCUUCAUUUGUCUCUUUUCUAAAAAACAAUCCCUUUAAGUGUUUCAAGGACAUCUCUUCUAAGCAUCUUUUUUAAAGUAGAUAUUCACUAAAGUUGUGUGUGUUCAUUCUUAUAGCUGAAAUAAUUAAAAGAAAUGAAUGAACAACCAAAAAAAAAA